CAAACAACCUUUUGUUUACAAGUAUUCGGUAUGCACUCCGAGUAAAAUUAAUUUUAUUUGGUGGCAUGACUUCGAUUUGCUGUCGGCUGUGCCUACUCGACGGACCCGAUCUCCGGCCGCUUCUGGGUCUUACGGUCGAUUCAAAUGGAUUCGGCGAACCGGUCACAUCGGCCCUGUCCCAACUUAUCGCUUGUUACUUGGCGAUUGAGCCUCUUAUCGCAAGUCCAGCCACGACCUACAUCUGCUCCGACUGCGGGAACACGAUCGCCAAGUGGCACUGGUUCCGGGAGUCAUGUCUCCAGAAUGAUGGCGUCUACCGGAAGAUGGUUCCAGAGCAGAUUGGCGAAUACCAAGUUGUUGAGGUCAAGCAGGAGAUCGACAUCGGCGAGCAUGAGUACAGCGACAGCCUGAUCACGGAACCGCUGGCUUCGUCUUCUAAAGAGAGCCAGGGUUGUCCCGAAAAGGGGAUCACUGAGGAGAGCUCUCCAGCUAAGGCGGAUCAAUGCCACGAUGUUGUGGUGAAACAAGAGCAGAAGGAUGAGGUUGGCGAGCAAGACUACAGCGAAAACUUGCCCACCGAACCGCUCGAUCUUGCUCCGAAGCCGGUGAAGAAAAAGAUGGGACGGCCUCGACUUACGGAGGCACAAAGGAAUCAAAAGGGACAAAUGUGCGCGCAGUGUGGGAAAGUGGUGAAUAACCUGUCCGCUCAUUUGACAAUGCACAACCAGGAUAGGUGCUUCCAGUGUCCACAUUGCCCGAUGAGUUUCUACAGCAAAGCCAACUGGAAAACUCACGUCAACGUGCACACAAAGGAAAUCAAAUACACCUGCCCGGUGUGCGAUAGAAUUUUCUGGCGAAACAACACUCUCCAGACGCACAUGCAAAGUCACUCGACAGAUCAGGCCUACAAAUGUCCGCACUGUCCGAAAGUGUACCGGUUGCGAGCCGGGCUGGCAGUCCACCAGAAGAGUCACACCCAGGAGCCGGAUGUGCCGUGUGACGGAUGCGACAGAAAGUUUUAUUCAAAGGCUCAACUGGACAAACACGCCGUCAUGCACCGACCGGUUAAACGAUUCGUUUGUAAAAUUUGCGAACAAGGAUUUACCAAAAAGCCCUACCUAAUGAGGCACAUGGAGAAAAAUCACCCGGAUUGCAUAGAAAUGGAGGAGAAGCCCAAUAUUGGAGCUGAACUCGGAAGUUUGUGAACGUUAGGUGUUAAUUAAAUCAAAUAUAUAACGAAAAUUUAAGACAAAA